AUGGAAAACGUUGAGGGUAUUCGUAGUGAGAUAUUCAAGGUUUUUAUGGAGAAAUUUAAGGAGGAAGUGGUGGAAAGACCUAUCAUGAAAGGGGUUGGUUUUAGGUGUAUUUCGGAAGGUGAAAGGCUCUCAUUUGAAACAAAAUUCUCAGAGGAGGAAAUUCAGGCUGGUGUUUUGGACUCGGACAGGGACAAAAGCCCUGGUCCCGAUGGAAUCAACUUCAAAUUUAUUCAUGAAUGCUGGGAAUUCCUUGAAAAGGACAUUGACAAGUUUGUUCAGGAGUUCUAUCUAAAUGCGUGCCUUCUUCAAGCAAUCACAACAUCCUUCAUCGUGCUAAUCCCGAAGAAUUUUAAUCCCCAGGGGCUGAAUGAGUUUAAGCCAAUAUGUUUAGUGGGCUGCUUGUACAAAAUUUUGUCUAUGAUUCUUGCCAACUAA